GUUCCGGGGAGUGUGUCAGUCCCUCGUGCCGAUUGGCCGAUCGACAUAUGUCAAUCGACAGUUGCAACAGAUCUUGUGUAAGUUGGAAGGUAUAUAACGGUGUUCAAUAAAUCAGUAUUGGUUUAGAGAAAGACAGAUUUUACACAAAUCAACAAUAUCUUUGAAUACCGAUUCAAAAAAAAAAACAAUUUAUUAGAAAGGAUAUAACACUAUUCACCACAACAAUGUCAACCAAACCAACGCCCCAAACGACAGCUCCUCCGGAGCCAGUCGAUCUCGAGAGGCAGCCCAAGGAAGAAUCCGACGACAAGGAAAUCGUUUCUCCAUUCAAGUCCCUAGGAUGGUUAGACCGUUUCCUAGCUGUCUGGAUCUUCUUAGCCAUGGCUGUUGGCAUUCUCCUCGGAAACUUUGUGCCGGAGACCGGCCCAGCCCUGCAAAAGGGCAAGUUUGUCGGUGUCUCGGUACCAAUCGCCGUCGGCCUCUUGGUCAUGAUGUACCCUAUCCUAUGUAAAGUGCGCUACGAGUCGCUCCAUGAACUACUGUCAAAGCGCUCCAUGUGGACGCAGAUUGCCUUCAGCGUCAUAGUAAAUUGGAUUGUCGCCCCAUUUCUUAUGCUAGGUCUAGCCUGGGCCUUUUUGCCUGACAAGAGCGAUCUGCGUAUCGGUCUGAUUCUUGUUGGCCUGAGCAGAUGCAUCGCCAUGGUCCUUAUCUGGAACGGUCUUGCCGGCGGUGACAACGAAUACUGUGCCAUCCUUGUAGCCAUCAACUCAGUCUUACAGAUGGUCCUCUUUGCACCCAUGGCCAUCUUCUUUAUCAAGGUAAUUAGCCGCGACGCCAGUGUCCACACCGUCUCAUAUGAGGUCGCAGCGACCAGUGUGGCCGUGUUCCUAGGCAUACCUCUCGGGGCUGCAAUCAUCACCCGCUUCUCUCUCCGCGCGUUGGCGGGCGUAGACUGGUUCGAGCGCGUCUUCCUCCGCUUCGCAGCCCCCUGGUCCCUUAUUGGUCUUAUCUACACCAUCCUGAUGCUGUUUGCAUCACAGGGCCGCCAGGUUGUCCACCAAGUCGUGUCAGUCGUCCGCGUGGCUGCGCCACUCACUGUGUACUUUGUCCUGAUAUUCUUCAUGACACUCUUCGUCACGCACCGCCUCGGCUUUAAGUACGGCUAUGCCGUGACACAGAGCUUCACCGCUUCCAGUAACAACUUUGAGUUGGCCAUUGCCGUGGCAGUUACUAUUUUUGGGCCUGACAGCGACCAGGCUCUGGCUGCCACCGUUGGGCCCCUCAUCGAAGUACCUGUUCUGCUGGGGCUUGUUUACACCAUUCGAUUUAUCCAUCGCAGGUGGGGUUGGAAGGUUUGAGUCUACAAGUCGCG